GUCUGACCCGAAAUGGUUUAAACCUCAACAAAAGGCGGGAGCCUGCUGAGGUUAAGGGGGUUAAGCAUGGCCCUUGCCGAUCAAGCGAAAGGUAAGAAAAUUGUAUUCCCACGGCCGCCACUGCCAGUCUUACUAUCUUGUAAGUCUUACUGAUUAGCGCAUACCUGGUAUCUCUUUCUCGUACUCACCCUAAUCCAACCUCCUGCUGCGAUUGUACUCUUCCCAAUGCAGAAAAUUGCAUGAUGAUAUUGAGAUGCUCUCUUUGUUAAUGGCCAAGGGCCGAACGCAUAUCUUGCCCAUCGCCCUGGUACUGUCCGUCAUUCUCCUUCUCGGCUACUGGAAAUCUGUGCAUGAAUCGGCGUUUGGCGUAUUCCAGCCCGAUCUUGGUCGACCUGGAAGUCCUCGGAAAUUCAACGGAAAAUGGAACUACAAAAGGGAUGCCGACAAUCUUAUGCUCAAUUCGCAACAAUGCGAACAGGCGUUCCCAGGGCUCUUUGAGGAAGUCGAGAGACCGGUGAGGGACAGACUGAGUUCGCCUAUCACUCUCGACGAGCUGGAUUCGCUGCCCAGACAGAACGGAUAUGUUCGCGCCAUGAUAUACAAUCAACAGCUCUACGUUAUCGACACAACAGGUCGUAUCUAUUCACGCGGACUUGCAACCCUGCAUGCUCUACACAGGGCCAUUCUAUCAUCACCUGAAAUUCUACCGAACAUCGAAUUCGCAUUUAAUGUCGACGAUCGCAUUCCGCCAGACGCCAUCUGGGGUUAUGCCCGACAAAAAGAAGACACCAAAGUCUGGCUGAUACCCGACUUCGGCUUCUGGUCAUGGCCCGAGACGAAAGUCGGUUCGAUGCGCGAAGUCCAAAUGAAAGCCACAAUGGCCGAGCAAGUCGAUGGGUGGUCAUGGUCGACAAAGAUCCCCAAACUCCUUUGGCGCGGCGCGACCAUGGGUUUGGAAUUGCGGGAGAACUUCGUCGCUGCCACGGCGGAUCAACCAUGGGCAGAUGUCAAGGCGCUGACAUGGAGGGACAACGACUCCAUGGUCAACGAUCUUAAGUCCAUGCCCGAGCACUGCCAGUACAAGUUUCUAGCACACACCGAAGGAAACUCCUACUCCGGACGACUCAAGUACCUUCAAAACUGCAAGUCCGUUAUCGUUGCGCAUAAGAUGGACUGGAUCCAGCACCACCACCAUUUGAUGCGCUCGAGUGGGCCCGAGCAGAACUACGUCGAAGUCAAGCGCAGCUUUGAGGAUCUCGCCGAGAAAAUCUCCUGGCUGCAGGACCACAAUAAGAACGCGGAGAAAAUCGCUUCGAGAAACGUCAAGGUGUUUCGUGAGCGAUACUUGACGCCUGCUGCCGAAGUUUGCUAUUGGAGGAAAUUGAUCCAUGGCUGGUCGAGGGUCAGUUUUGAACCCGAGUUUUUCACGGUCGUGGACGGCAAGAGAGUCUGGAGAGGUUUACCCAUCGAGUCAUUCUUGUUGGAGAAAAGGCUUGAGUGGGAUCCUUAUUGAUUCCAAUGUGGAUAUCCAUAUUUGUAUGUGUAUUAUUAGCACAGGCGAUAGAGCUAAGGAUCAGGACAUUAGAAGGAAACGAAAAUGCAUAUUGAAUAGUCUUUCAUCAAGGA